AUGAGUUGUAGUGAUUAUAGUAAUAAUUCCGAUACAACCACAAGUGGUGAUACAACUGCAGAUGAAGAAGAAUAUGCAAAAGAAAUCCAAACAAAAAUUAAGAGAGCUAUUGAAAAUAUUAUUUUGAAUGAAUGGGAAAAAAAAAAAAGAACUAGACUAUUUACUUUUGAAGACAGAACUAAAAAAAGAAGAAAAAACUUAAAGAUGAACAAAUAUGGAUACAAAAUAAAAGAAAAAAAACUGAAAAUUUUUUAA